UUGUUGAUAUAUCCAAUAUAUAAAGCAAUAUAUUUGCAUAACAAAAGCUGUGCAACGAAGGAUAACAUUGCGGCAGCGCCAGCAUUUCUUGAUCAGGACCCAUGCUGAAGGCGUUGUCUUCCUUGUAUUUUGUGUAAAUUCACAGUCAAUACCUGCUCCGUAGCUCGGCCCAAAUCACUGUUACGUUACCGCUAUGGAUGAUAGUGUUGCGCUGACUUACACGAAAAAGAAAAAGCAGCGAAGGGUUCGCUGUAUCGGUGCCAUUGUUAUUGUUAUUCUCGUGUUUAUCAUUGGUUUCUUGAUCGGAUACUUUGCAAAGAAGACUAAAAAAGAUGACCAUGAUACGGGACGGCCUGAUGGAUACGAUAAGAAAGCCGAAAUGCGAAAAAAGCACGAGGAUAUGAUGCGCUUACAUGAGAUCUUUCAAUCGACCGUCAAAGCAGAAGCCCUUGAAGAGAACCUCAAAUUGCUAAUGCGCACAGUUACGGUGCUAUAGCAGCCCUUCUUUACUCGGACCCAGCGGAUUACGCCAUGGAGGGUGGAGAACCAGAGAAUACUUAUCCAAACAAAGCAUGGCUUCCUGCCAGUGGGGUGCAACGGGGAUCCCUGUUCACGAUGCCCGGGAGUGGGGACCCCCAAACCCCCGCUAUAGCAGCACUUGAAGGGAUGUAUCGGAGGCCGCACAAUGACAGUGAGCUUCCCCCAAUCCCGGCGCAUCCUAUGGGAUAUGGAGAUGCCAUUCACUUUUUACAAGAAAUGUCAGGAUCAGAGGUACCUAAAGGAUGGAAGGGAACCCUCAAUAUCACCUAUCGUCUCGGACCAGGCUUCACAAAGAACGAAGUCGAAGUUGAAUUAGACAUAAAUAACAAUCUGGAAGAAGUGCCGAUAUAUAACGUGAUAGGAACGAUUUACGGGAGCGAGGAACCGGACAGGUACGUGCUCAUUGGUAAUCACAGAGAUUCUUGGGUGAACGGUGCAAUCGACGCUGGUACUGGAACCUCUGUGACUGCUGAGAUCGGCCGUGUGCUUGGACAAUUGUUAAAGACAGGAUGGAGGCCACGUCGAACUAUCAAGAUCUGCAGCUGGGGAGGAGAAGAAUACAGUCUCAUUGGAUCAACGGAAUGGGUCGAGCAGCACCAAAAAGAGCUUGGCGAGCGAGCCGUCGUCUACCUAAACACUGACACAGUUGUCUCUGGCACUUACGUCCUGAUAGCUUCCGGCAGUCCACUAGUCAGGAACGCCAUCUUGGAUUUUUCUAAGAAGGUGGACGAUCCCAACGCGCACGAUGACAAAAAAACCGUGUUUGAUAUUACGCUCGAACGUAACCCGUCCAAAACCCACCCGGGAAAGCCGAAUGUUGGCGAUUUGGGUUCUGGUAGUGAUUUUGCCCCUUUCUAUCAGUACGCAGGUGUCCCCUCAGCAGAUUUUUACUACAUUUUUGGCUACAAAAACAAAACGGUUUUCUACCCAGUCUACCACUCACAGCAUGAUACGUUUGAUUGGACCGUAAAGUUCGUGGAUCCAAAGUUCUUGUUCCACAAGGCUAUGACCCAACUUACUGGCGGACUACUGUUACAAUUCGCAGAUGCACCACUUCUGAAGAUGGAUGUAAUAACCUAUGCAGAGGCACUGAAUAACUCUCUAAAUUCCCUGAAUGGAAAUUACAAGGAAAAGUUGAAAAACUACGCAGAUUCGAUGGGCUACUUAAAAGAGGCAGUUGAAAAGUUCCACGAGACUGCAAAGACCUUUUCAACAGCCAGGGACAAAGUCGAGGACAAACUCAUGAAAUUCGAGGAGACAAGUUUCGCAGAACUGCGCAGGCUCAAUGACCAAAUGAUCCAAGUAGAGAGAGCUUUCAUCCAUCCCUACGGCCUGCCAGAAAGACGCCUGGUCCGUCACGUGAUCUUCGCUCCCAGCAAGUAUGACUUGUAUGGUGCUUCUAGUUUUCCCGGUGUAAGUGAUAUCCUCUUCAAACUCGACGAGACCAAAGAUUAUGCCGAGGUGGAUCGCCAGAUAUCGAUCGCCAGACAGGCUAUACUGGGAGCUGUUGAUAUCUUGACUCUCAUCAAGAGUGGGUGAUUGACAUUUCUUUCUUUCGUUAUAGUUUCCUAGCUAGACUCAUCUCAUUCUCUUUUCCUUUUUCCCUUUGGAGAGGGCCUGGAGCGUAUCCACCCCAAUCCUCCGCUGACAGGAGAAAGGGAAUGUGUUCAUAGGCAGUAUUAGCAUUUAUCUACCAGCAUCUUAUCACAAAUGCCGCGACAGUCUCGUUCACAGCACUAUUCGCCAUCUAUUUCGUGAUUGACAGGGGAUAAAGUGAAUAAUCUUAAAUAAAAAAUGAGUAAUUUCACAUCAACCUGUUUAGUAUAUCACUACAGAGGUUUUGCACAGCAGCCAUGUUGGAUGGCAGGAACAACGAAAAUAUUUUGCAUAAGAAAGAAAUUUUUUUCCCAUGGGUAAAAUAAUCUAUUGUUCCUGCCAUCCAACAUGGCUGCUUUGCAAAACCUCUGUUCAUUAAAACAUAAGCUUUUUUUCAGGGACGGGGGAGCUGGGAGACUGGAGAGGCUUUAGCCGCCUUUACCUUUUGCGAGGACAUGUUAUUUUGUUUUAGUAUGAGGUAUGUCUGAAAAUUAAAAAAGAGUCAAAGAAAGAGGAAAUAUGUCCAGCACACCAAAGAUUAUCCCCUCGAGAUCAAUAUUUCAAAGUUUUCUGGGGGAGGCUCAGACCCCGCUACAAAUUCACGCCCCAGCGCUUGUUUUUAACCCCCCCUCAACCCCCCCUUUCUACUCCAGUUGAAAAUGGGCUCCGCCAUUCCUGGUCUUUGUUUUAAGUUGUCAUAUUAUAAAAAAUUACUGACUUAAAGACAUAAAGAUUUGUAACAACUAUAUCUUGUUACUGUAUUGUUACUAUCUGUGGCUUAUGAGCCUUCGUGUGGCCAGCAGUCUGAUAUUAGCUAUUUGCGGAUCUGGGGGAAGGGCACGGGGAGUCCGCCUCCCCUCCCUUAUUCUGGGAAAAAAAAGUAAACGCGGAGGGAAGAAAAGCCGGCAGUUGAACACACACAAACAAAACCCCCGCCGCCCCCCUUAAAUCAAGGUCUGGAUCGCCACUGGUAACGACGGCCAACUUGUUGCUGUGAGUUAGACUAGAGAUUUAAGGUGAUUAAAACCUGACUUUCAGGUCAAUCUACUCGUUCACUUUUAUCACACAAGUUUUGAAGGACUAAAUAGAUGGCAAUAGUUGAUACGGACUUCGUCCUCUUUGAAGAUAACACUCUAGUAAUGUCGAGCACAUGAUCAAACUGCUCAUUAUGUGUUUUGUAUAUUCAAACAUUGCAUUCAUCAUUUUUGUUAGAAGUGAUCUUACAAAAUUUGUUAAUGGUUUUUCACUAACUUUCUAGGCGUUGUUGAUGUUGAACGCAAUAUGGAGAAUAAGUAUAACUUAUCAUCAUUCAAUAACUCGUUCCGCAGUAUAUUUGCAUAUUUGUCGCCAAACAUGACUUGCGUCAUAUCUUUCGAGUAACUCGUAAGUAAUCCAGCUUCUAUUUCAUUGGUAAAUAAUGAAGUCCGGACCUUUCCUAAUGCUGCAACGCAAACGAAUAAAGCUUCAAGUGUAUGUA